AUGGCCAGCAAGAGAACCCGCGACGCUUUCGAGGCCGAUUUCCGGGCCCAGCAAUCUCCCUACGCUUUCUACGGAACCCCCCUUCCUCCACUCGAUCCCGACACCCGCGAUGAUGGAUCUUAUGUGCCAGUAUGGAAGCAGGAGGUGACCGAUGACCGGGGAAGGAAACGCCUGCACGGCGCCUUCACCGGUGGAUUCAGUGCCGGGUACUUCAACACAGUGGGGUCAAAGGAAGGAUGGACACCUGCGACAUUCGUGUCCUCGCGCCAGAACCGGGCCAAGGAAGCGCCAAAACAGCGCGCGGAAGAUUUUAUGGACGAGGAGGAUAUUCGGGAAGCGGAGGAAUCGCGGCAACUACAGACGAACGAUGAGUUUGCAGGAUUCGGAUCAACGGCUACUGACGCAACGCGCCGUGGCGGGCUGAUGGAUAUCUUCAAGACAUCGGGUGAAACUAUCGGUGUGAAACUUCUGAAGAAGAUGGGCUGGAGGGAGGGUCAGGGUAUUGGUCCGAAAGUCAGGCGCAGAGCCGACCUGAGCGAUGGUAAAGCUCGACCAGGAGAUGAUACCGACAAAACAUAUUUAUUUGCACCGGAGAAUCCACCUAUGGUUGCGUUCGUACGGAAGACAGACUAUAAGGGACUCGGAUUCGAAGGGGAGGCCCGUCUUGGCUCACGCCAUGAAGAACGCGACAAAUCCGAUGAAGAGGGGGAUUCUUUCUUUGGGCGACGACUGAUUGGCGACAAAGCAAAACAGUCUAAACCACAGAAACCCCGACGAGGAGCUUUUGGCGUUGGCGUGCUCAAUGAUACUGGGUCUGAUGACGAAGACCCAUACUCGCUGGGUCCUCAGAUCUCAUAUAAUCGCACCAUCGGUGGUGACAAAACGAAGAAGAACAAAACAAAGGCCACAGAUGAGACGCGAGCCCUGGGCUCUUCCAAUCCUCUUUUAAGCAGCAAACCGGUCUUCAUUCCAAAGAAGGCAAUCGCUGCCAAGGGCGCCGCAGGCUUCAGGAAGUGCCAUGACGGCCGUCUACCUCUCGACGGAUUUCUACUCGCGGACGGUAUUUCGACUCUGUCGCUGUCUUCGGACAAGAAAUAUGCGCCGCCAGAGAUACCCAAGGACUGGAAGUCUAAAAAAGUGCCGUCGAAGCAACAAGCUGCCACAAAUUACAUUUCUACGGCAGAUGCAGCGAGGGCAUCCACUCUAGAUCCGGUCACGAGGGCGGCCCUAUUAGGAGAGGACCAACUGCCCUCGAAAUCUAUUUUCGACUGGAUGACGCCGGAAGGCCGGGAGAAGAUUGCGAAACUCACCGGGAAAACGAACCUACCACCGGCACUAGGUGAAAAGGCCCCGAAAGGCUACGAAUUAUCAGAGUCACAAAAGCAGAAAGAUAUAUGGGAUCUUGUUCCCAAGCUAGAUAAGCUCAUAGCCGUUCAAGCUCUGUCGCGCGCCGCCAGCGGCUGGAUGCCCUAUUCCUCUGAAGAAGCCAAGCGACAACGCUACCGGACGUUCCUCGAAAUUCGGGCUGGCCUUCGAGACAGCCUUCCAGAUCGUGUACCGGGUUCCAGUACAAACGAAUGGGUCACUGAGCUUGAGGAGUUUGCGCGAGCAGCGGAAGUAUUCAGGCCGGUGUCAGGAGUGAUGGCAUCGCGCUUCACGUCCGCCUCUUCAGGUCCAAAGGGGGCCUCAGACGAAGUGAAGUCCGAUACGAACGCGCCGUUACUAAGUAAACCCAGCGAAAGACCAGAAGACCCAGCGAUAGCAGCUGCAAAGAUUGGCAUGUUCGGUCCCAUGACACGCACUACCAUCUCAUUCUACCCCACCCGUUUACUGUGCAAACGCUUCAACGUCAAGCCUCCCAGCCAUGUGGCAGUCGAUCCGGGAGAGCCUUCAAGUGGAUCUUCUGCCUCGGCAGCUCCAGGAAAUCGCUUCCAAUCUGCGGGUUACCAGACGGACAACAGACCGCGAGAGUUGGUUUCGAAGGAUGUCAUGGAAGCUCUUAUGCUUGCGGCGGGUGGGGGCCCUGGGGGCCCGGGCGGAGCGCUAGCCCAGGCCGGCCAAGACCCGAAUUCAACGGCGCCGGCGCCCGUUGUCAUCGAAGUUCAAGCGGAUCGAAACGAAGCGUUAGAGGGACAACGGCCAGGCGAAGAAGUAUUCAAGGCGAUAUUCGGCAGCGAUGACGAGGACGAGGAUGACGAUGAGGAUGCAGGUGUGGUGAGACGCAAUCGCGGUCAACCGAACCACGGACGGAACUUUCUUUCUUUUGGCUGUUGUUUCUCCGUGUCGCGUACGUCGGCCAACGCUCAAACCCCCACAGAAGAGCAUCGCGAAACCUCAACAACAGGCGCAUCUCCACCGUCAUCCCGCCAGGAGAACCCCCGUCGGCACGGCCAUGGCCGUCUCACGCAUAACCCCUCCUCGUCGUCUUCGCGCGACCAGCAGAGACAAGAAAGACAACCCGUCCCCCUCCCAACACACAUCAACGCCCCGAUCCGGCCGCACACAUGGCAGUCCAAGAAGCGGCUGUGGACUGCCGCUCUCCUAAAUCGCGAGCGCAAGGAGUUCUUUGAGACCCGUGUCACGGGGCGGCCGGAAAUCUGGGAUGCGCUGUCCGCAGCGCUACAGUUUAUGCGGGGUGGGGACUUUGAGACCGCGCAGAGUAUUAUUGAUGCGGCGGGCGUGACGGUUCCGACGGGGGAUCUGUGUCAGGGGGUCUAUGAUGAGCAGGGGGUACUUUAUCGGCUACCGCGGUGUAUCGUUAGUGAUCCGGUCAAUAUUGUUGCUGGGGGUGCGGAUGAUGCGGAAAGGUCAGAUGUCGGGGGGUCAGAGUCUGAUGCGGAUGGAAGUGAAGAUGGUGAGGAGGUUGAUGUGGGCUUUGAGACGGAUGAGCAUGAUGGCAGGAAGGUUGGAUAUGUGCAGGAGAGAGAGGGCGUCGAGUCGGAUGAUGAGCUGAUACGCCGAAGAGACGAGAAGGGCAAGACGAGUGAGCGCGAUCUCAUCAGGAUCCAGGCCCGCUUGAGUGAUCGGGAUGGGCCCGAUAUUACCAUUGCCAUCAAGAAGACGCAGAAUGUCGGGUUCCUUGCGCGCAAGCUGCAGCAGGAGGCUGGGAUCCCGAAAACUCAGCGCAUCCGAAUCGCCUACCUAGGCAAGAUCUUGAAAGAAAACACAUCCCUCAUUGACCAGGGCUGGAAACAGGGGAAUUUACUGAAUGCAUUUGUUGUAUCGCGGCGGCCCUCGUCGUCCUCAUCGUGA